UACAUUAUGUAUAUAAAACAUUUUUAUCUUUGUCUUUUAAAACUGACCAGGAGCCCUAUAUAAACUCAAAUCUUUUAGCAACAAGACAUCAUUCACUAGAAUCUUUCAAUCAAGAGAGUCAUCAUGGCAUUCAAGUUCAUUACCCUUUUCGCUUUGGUAGCAGCAGCAAAUGCUGGAUUUCUUCCAGUUGCACCAGUUGCAUAUUCUGCACCAUCUGCAUCUUUGGGAUAUGCUCAUGUUGCUAAAAUUGCAACUCCAGUUAUUACAAAACACGUUGAUGAAGAAUACGAUCCACAUCCCCAAUACAACUACAACUAUGACAUUGCUGACUCACUAACUGGAGACUACAAAAGCCAACAAGAAAGUCGUGAUGGUGAUCAUGUUCAAGGAAGCUACUCAUUUAUUGAAAGUGAUGGAUCAAGAAGAAUUGUUGAUUACACAGCUGAUGAUGUCAAUGGUUUUAAUGCAAUUGUACGUAAAGAACCAGCUCAAGUUGCUGUUAAAGUUGCAACCCCUGUUUAUCAAGCUGCUCCAAUUGCAUAUAAAGCUGCUCCAGUUGCAUACAAAGCUGCCCCAAUCUACACAGCACCAGCACCACUUGCUUAUGCCGCUCAACCUGCCCAACAAUACGUUUACCAUCAUUAAUUUGUAAUAUAUAUUUGACAAAAUAAAAUAAAUUCUUUUUAUACAUA